AUGAGAUGUUCGACUUACACAUCUUUACUAAUAAUCAUAGUAAUUGGAUAUACAGAAUGUGGUGACAAUCCAAAUGAUGAUUUAGCUAACACAGAAGAUACUAUAGAAAAUGUCAGUGGUGAUGAAUUUGUUAAUUUUCUGGUAUCUGAAGCAACUGAAUCAUCAAAAGAUGACCAAAAACAGGAUUCUAUUCCACAAACUUCUGGUGAAGUGGGUAUUGAGGAAGAAACUCAAGAAGAAGCUAAAGUGUAUGCAGAACUUCAGCCACAAAAACUUUAUCAAGAACCAAUAAAACAAGAAUUCCAAAUCAGUCCUCAACCUGUAGAGUACCACGAUGAUGAUCUUUAUGGACCUCAUUCUAUUACAGCUCAAACUCAAUCAUACUAUCUGCCACCUACAGUACAGCCUCAACAGCAACAACCUACAGCAGAACAACAAUAUUUCUAUGAACCGGAGCAACCACCACAAACAUAUGAACCACCUUCCACGUAUCCAGUUCAACAAUAUCAACCUUACCAACCUCAAGGGCCCAUUCCACCGCCUCCUAUGGGACCACCUCUGCCAUAUCAACAAAUACCUCAUCAACCACCGCCUCAACCUCAACAACAAAUAACCCAACCAGCGCAGUAUUAUGUACCACCUCCUAUAAGACCAGUUCAACCUUAUCAACCUCAGCAAUAUGCACCACCCCCUAUAAGACCAAUUCAACCAUAUCAACCAUAUCAACCAUAUCAACCUCAGCAACCAUAUCAACCUUACCAACCCUACCAACCCUACCAACCCUAUCAACCUGAGCAACAAUUUGGUCAUUACCAACCACCGCCACAACAAAUUUCACAACAAGAACUGAUUUCACAACAAGAACCGAUUCCACAACAAGAACCGAUUCCAGAAUAUCAACCCCAACAACCCAUUAUAUCUCAACAACCGGAUGAUAAAAUAAUUGAGGAAGAAGAUGAAAGUGAUAAGUCAAUUGAAAAACCAAGUAAGAAACCUAAAAAGAAAGGACCUAAGAGAAUUUAUAAAAAGUGUCAAAACAUAAGUUUAAUAAAAAGGACUGAUGAUGGAAACUUGGAAGUAAUGACAAAUACAGACUAUAAAUCGAUAUAUAAAGAUGGUUCAAGAGAAAGAUUGAGACUUUAUGCAAAUCUUGAACAAAUAUUUUGUGAUGGUGAAAAAGCUUAUCAACAUGAAAAGAUAACCCCUUAUCCAAAAUCACUAAUUGUCAGUAGAAGAACUAUGGGAUUUGUUACUAUUAGUGACAAUGUACAUAUAUUAGUUAGGAAUUUAACGGGAAACUGGAUAAAAAUACUACGCAUAGUUCCCGAUUAUGUUGAGUUUUACGGAGAAGACGUACAUGGAAAAGUGUUUUUAUUAACUGACGAGCAAUAUUAUAUGGAUCUCAAUUCUUCUGAUACUUUUAAAUACACAUUUAUAUCAGGAAUAAAAUGUAUCAGAGUUGAAGUUGAAGGCCUUUUGGUUUGGGAAAAAACUCCUGAAGAUAAAUAUCCAACAUCUAUAUCUAUAAUUAGUAAAACACAUGUUUUGAUCCAUUAUAGACAACAUUAUUGUGUAUAUGUUAAAAAAGAUAAUGGAUAUAAACUCACAAAAAUCAACCCAAGAGCAAGAACUGAUAAAAGUUGAUUAUUCAACAAAUAAAAUUUUAUAAUAUAUCAUACUAAUU